AUGGCAGUGUAUCAUCAUCGGUUUCCGCCUCUACCCGGCGAGAAUGCGACAGAGUCCGAUCGGAAGACGUACAUCAGCAGGAGAAGGGCAGAAAUGAAAGUUCUAGCCGCCACAAUCCGAAUGAAAGAAGAAGCUGGGGAUGCCAGCGAGGACGAGAGAGACUGGUAUGCAGUCUUGCUCACGGCCAUCCACCUGUGCCGACCGUGGCAUCAACAGCGAGAGCGACAAAGGGCGGCCCUUCAGAGGUCGCAGGCGAAGUUGGAAGCUCAAGAGCAGGAGAUUCGAAACAAAGAGUCUGAGCUAGACGCAUUGAGAGUCAAGCGGGACCAGUCCGAUCAGUGGGUUUCGCGGCACCAGCAGGCGCUGAUGGAGAUCGAGGCCAUGGAGCCCGUCGACGCCGAGCCGCUGGGAGAGCCAGGUAUCAUGGAGACCGACGAUGCCAGCGAGGAGCCAGGCGGUGCGCCUGCGGCGGCCGCCGCGCCGCCCUCGGUGAGGGCGCCGCAGACGCAGCCCGCGCCAGCGCAGCCUGGGCUUCAGCCUGGUCAGGUGGUCGAUCUGGCUCUGGUGCAGUCUCAGCUUGCGUCGAUUUCUCAGAAUUUGGUCAUGUUCCAGCAGAGGAUCGACAGCAACGUCAACAGCCUGGGCUCGCAGUUCAACAUUUUGAACGCGAAGCACGAAGCGCUGCUUGCGGCCACCAGGACGCCGCCAAGUGGAGUGGUGCCGCCGCCGCAGUGGCUCGACAGCGGCACCAAGCAGGCAGAGAGACAGCUCUCGGUCGCCAGUCAGGACAUGUCUCCCAAGCUUCACCUGCUCGACGCGUUGUCAGUCAGCGCCGCGAUGUACUCGGCAGGCACAUGGUAUGAAAUGACCAAGGCGGAGACGCUCAGAGUGCAGACACAGUACAUCCGCGCCUGGAGCCACAGCAUCACCGACACCCAGACCGGGAAGGUCAUCGAGAUCGUGCUGCCUCGGCGGGGCCUCGCCGAGGGGCAGGACCGCGAGGACCCGUGGGACGGGGACGCCGACGCGCAGGGCGUGUCGUCGGACGAAGAGCUGGACGACCUCGCGGCCUUCCCUGCGGAGCCCAGCGCGGCCCUUGCGCUGGAGGCGGCGCUGUCCCUCCAGGUGGAGGCCACGCUGCGCACCUUCGACGCCCUCCCCCACCAGCCGGACCGCUCCCUGGCGCACCAGGCGCACCAGGCCCACGAGGAGCAGGCGCAGCAGGCGCAGCAGGCGCAGCUGGCGCAGCAGGCGCAGCAGGCGCUGGACGCGCAGCAGGCGCGGCUGGCGCUGCAGCAGGCGCAGCAGGCCCGGCGGGCGCAGGACGCGCGCAGCGCGCAGCAGCGGGCGCAGCUGGCCCAGCUGGCGCAGCAGGAGCAGGAGCAGGACCCAGAACAGGCCCAGCUGCUGGCCCAGCGCCCGCAGGGGCAGGCCCUGCAGCGCGAUGCGCCAGCGCGGCCGCCCCAGCAGGCGGAGGUCAGCCUUCACGCGAGGAGAAAGCGGCAGCAGGAGGCGGAGCAGGCCAGGGAACUCCAGGAGAGGAUGCUGCGCGAGGACCGAGGCCCGGCGCCUGGCGGAGGAGGAGGCGAUGCGGGAGCGGCGGCUGCGGGAGAGCGAGCAGGCCGAGCUGCGGAUGCAGGACGGGCGGCGCGCCAAGGAGCAGCGGGAGCAGUGGCUGCAGGAGCAGCGGACGCAGCGGCAGCAGGAGCAGCAGGAACGGCGGCGCCCCGAGAAGUGGUCCCACGAGCGGUCCCCCGCGGGCCAGCGGUCCCCGCAGAGCAGCUCCAGCCCCAGUGCUGGCGUCGCCGGCAGCCGCGCCAACUCGCCCGGGAGCCGGAGUUCCCUGGCGGACCGGCGGCGCUUUGGCCUCGGCGUCGUGGACACGUCGUGCGAGAACCGGAGGGACAGGAGCCAGGUCUCGAGGCGGCCGAGCCAGGACCGCUCGCCGGGCCUCGUGGCCCGGGAGGCGCUGGCCGCCGAGUGGCACCCCGGCGCGUCCCUGUCGGCGCCGCAGCUGCGGCCCCUCAG